GCGGAUCCUGCAGGUCUGCGUCUCUGCCGGACUCUGCGGCUUUCUGGAGCUCCCACCCAGACCAGUUGGACCCUCGCAGAGCUCAGGACACGCCUCCUGAUGAAGAACGCUCCUCCUCUUCCUCUUCACUCAGUUUCCACAUCAGAGGUUGCCUCAACAGGUAAAGAGGAGGUGCCAUGUUGGCCUCCUCCACUCCCCCAGUCCUCCUCCUCCUCCUCCUCCUCCUCCUCCCCCCCCAUCCCUCCUCAUGUGCUGAUGUCACAGUGACCUCUGACCCCUUGGUGCGGUGGGGGGAGGAGCAUGGCGACCCUCUCUCCCACCUGGUGCUGGAGGCGGGGCAUCUCUAUGUGGGCGGGGUGGACCACCUGUACCAGCUGACCUCUGACCUGGAGGUGGUGUCACACGUGAGGACCGGCCCUUACCUGGACUCCCCAGACUGCCUCCCCCCGAUCGUCCCACAGGACUGCCCCUCGGCCACGCCCACUCACAACCACAACAAACUGCUGCUGGUGGAGGCGGGGCAGGGGGCGGGGCUAGGGAGCCUGAUCGUCUGUGGUUCUCUCUUCCAAGGGAUCUGUGAUAAAAGGAGCCUGUCCAACCUGUCUCACCUCCUCUACCAGACGUCCAACCCGGUGGACACUCAGUACGUCGCGGCCAACGACCCUCGGGUCUCCACGGUCGCCGUGGUGAUAACGACAGAAAACAAACAGGAAGUGGGCGUGGCCGGCGGCGCCCUCCGCUUGAUGCUGGUUGGUCGAGGCUACACCGGCAGAGGCCCCGGCGACAUCCCGCCCGUCACCACGCGCCGCCUGUCCCCGGUGGCGCCGCCGCGCCGCGCCUUCGCCCAGGAGGAGGAGCUGGGCAAGCUGGUGGUGGGCAGCUACUCGGAGUACAACAACCACUUCGUGAAGGCCGUCGCCCACGGCGACCACGUGUACUUCCUGUUCUCCCGGCGGGACAUGUGGCACAAGAAGGAGUACCGCACCUACGCCGCGCGGCUCUGCGCCGCCGACCGCAGCUUCUACUCCUACGUGGAGGCGCCGCUGCUGUGCCGCGGCGGCUACAACCUGGCUCAGGGGGCGUGGCUCGGGAGCCACGGGGCGGAGCCCGCCCUCUUCGUGGUCGCGGCGGGGCAGGCCACGCCCGUGUACCGGCGCUCGGCGCCAGCGCCUGACGGCAUGAAGGAGCUGGACGCCGUGCUGCGGGGCGUGUGUGUCCUCCAGGUGCCUGAAGCUGCCCAAGGUCCAUUGAACCCUCUUCCUCUCCUGGACCAGGACUCCCUCUCGGAGUACCCCUGUGGGGGGGAACACACCCCGAACCCCAUCGCCAGCGCGGUGCCUCUCCCGGCCACGCCCACUUUCACCUCCAGCACCCAGCUGACUGCCGUCACCACGGCAACAGAGGCGGGACACACCAUCGCCUUCCUGGGAGACGCAGAGGGACGUCUGCACAAGGUGCUUGUGCGCUCUGAUUGGUCAGGUGAUCUGUACGGCAGCGUGUCGGUGGACAAGGGGAGUGGCGUCAGAGCUGACCUCCUAUUGGACGACAGCCAGCAGCACGUUUUUGUGUUAACCAACAGAAAGCUGUCGAAGGUUCCUGUGUCUACAUGUGAGAGACAGACAGACUGUCAGUCCUGUCUCUCUUUCAGAGACCCUUACUGUGGCUGGUGUGUCUUGGAGGGAAGAUGUUCCCGUAAACAUCAGUGUCAGCGUCACAUGCAGCCCAACCAUUGGCUGUGGAGCUUUGAACCGACCAAUCAGUGCGUGACGGUUCAGAGCGUGAGGCCGGCCAAUCAGAGCAAAGACGAGCAGACGCAGGUAACGCUGUCAGUCGUCCAGCUUCCCGUUCUGGAGGCGGAGUCUCUGUCCUGCGUCUUUGGGCUCCUCCCACCUGAGCCCGCUGUCGUCACAGCAACCAGCAUUACCUGUCAAUCACCUGCUCCGGAGCUCCUCCCACUCAUGCUGACAGGAAGUGUCUCAUACUCAACCAGCUCCCAGUGUCUGGCGUGUGUGAGCAGUGUGUGGAGGUGCAACUGGUGUCCUCUGGAUCAACUCUGCACUCACAACCACAGCUGUGCCAACCAACACAUCAUCCUCAACCAGAGAGAGUCUUCUAGUCCCACUUCCUGUCCAUUGGUCUUCGCCCUGCAGAGUUCUGCCUUAGUGCCUUUGGGCCUGACCUCCACCGUGGUGCUGCGGGGACAGAACCUGGACGUCUACACCGAUGAAGCUCAGUAUGUUUGUGUUGUUCAAGUCGAAGGAGUCCAGAUCAACCUGACAGCUGCUGUCGAGAAAACACACAACACACACACCUUCACUUGCAGACCCCACCAGUUCCAGUAUGCUGUCAGUCAGCUUCAGAACGCCGCUACUGUCUAUCUGCGUCGAGGAGAGAGACGCAUCGACACCUCACCUGGCCUCCGACUCCAGCUGUACGACUGCUCAGCCGGCCAAUCAGAUUGCUCCCAGUGCCGGGCGGUGCCGGAGGAGUACGGCUGCGUGUGGUGUUCAGGAAGCUCCAUCCCGAGUUGUGUUUACAACCAAUCCUGUACCAGCGUACCUGCAGACACCUGCCCGCCUCCUCAGAUCACACACGUGCUUCCUGUUUCCGGCCCGCUGGAGGGCGGAGUUCUGGUGACCAUCACGGGGUCCAACCUGGGGAUGAGGUACCAGGAUGUAGUGGGCGGAGUCACAGUUGCAGGUGUUCAGUGUCCACCUCAACCUGAAGGGUACCAGAUCUCAACCAGGGUUGUAUGUGAGCUGCAGUCCAGUGGAAAGCAGAGGGAGGGGCCUGUCCUGGUUACCGUGGGAACAACUCCACCUGGAAAGUCAAAACAGAUCUUCACCUUUCAGGACCCGCAGCUCCGGGACCUGGUUCCUGAUCGAGGUCCGGUCUCUGGGGGAACCAGACUCACCAUCAGAGGCAGACAGCUGCUGACCGGACAGGAGUCAGACCUCAGUGUCUUCCUGGGCCUCCAGCCCUGCUUCAUCCUGGAGGAGGUGACUGACUCCCAGUUGGUGUGUCAGACUGGUCCCAGUAACCAGACGGCUGACGUCUCUCUUCGGGUUUUCUUUGGGAAAGCAGAGAGAACCGUUCCCAAUGUCACCUUCCGUUACCUUGACGACCCGGUCAUCACGGACGCCACACCUGCAGAGAGCUUCUACGAAGGGGGGCGUGUGGUCCUGGUGACGGGCAGGAACCUGGGCGUGGUGCAGCAGCCAAUCAUAUCGGUGUGGGUGGAGCCUCUGGAGGUCCAGAGGGUGAAGCGGAGGAGACGAUUGGCUCUGCUCACCGCCAAGCAGCUGGUCUUCAACAGCAGCAUGACAACGGUGUCGGAGCGCUGCUCCGUCCUGUCGUCCACUCAGAUGACCUGUCCGAGUCCCAAAGUGAGCCCAGAGGUCAAAGUGAAGGGCGUCUGGUUUCAGCUGGACAACGUCAGAGUCCACUAUGAAACCAUCAAGGUGCCUGUCUCCAGGUUCUUUCCUCUGGUGAGACCGAGCUCAGGCGUUCCGCUUCGCUUCAAACCUGGUGCCUGUCUGUCCCCUCAGGGCCAGGACCUGACCAGAGCCAUGUCCAGACAGGAAGUGAGGGCGCGGCUGGGAGACCAGGAGUGUGAGGUGAAGACUCUGGACAGCACUCACCUGUACUGUGAGCCUCCGGAGAGACAGCCAAUCAGUGAAGAGGACGGCAGCGAGCUGCCCAGCCUCCAGGUGUUCAUGGGGAACCUGCGGGUGGACCUGGGCUUGGUUCAGUACGACAGUGACUCUCUGUCCGUCGUCCCAUUGGCUGCUCAGGUCGGUUUGGGGGCGGGAGCUGCUGUCAUCAUCCUGUCAGUGCUGGUCGUCAUCCUCAUGUACAGGAGGAAGAGUAAACAGGCUCUCAGAGACUACAAGAAGGUUUUGCUGCAGUUGGAAACUCUGGAGAUCAACGUUGGAGAUCAAUGUCGCAAAGAGUUCACUGACCUGAUGACGGAGAUGAUGGACCUGAGCACCGACGUGGGGGGGCCGGGCCUCCCUCUGCUGGACUACAAGACCUACGCAGAGCGCGUGUUCUUCCCCGGCCAGCAGGCGGCGCCACUGAGCCGCCAGCUGGACCUGCCGGAGUCCCGCCGGCCCACCGUGGAGCAGGGCCUCCAGCAGCUCGGCUCGCUGCUCAACAACCGGCUCUUCCUCACCCGGUUCAUCCACACCCUGGAGGCCCAGCAGGGGUUCUCCCAGAGGGACCGGGGCUCCGUGGCCAGCCUGCUCACCAUGGCGCUGCACGACCAGCUGGAGUACUUCACCGAGGUGAUGAAGACUCUGCUGCAGGACCUGGUCCAGCAGUACGUCAGCAAGAACCCCAAGCUCAUGCUGCGCCGGUACGUAGACCUGGUCCCGGGGUCCUGGUCCUCCCCACCGUACUGGUCUCUGGGGUCCUGGCUCUCUCUGUCUCCCCCUCAGACCCUGAUGGUGUUGGUGAAGAAUGGAGUGGAGGUUCAACCCUCUCCUGUGAAAGUGCUGGACGCCGACACCAUCACCCAGGUGAAGGAUAAGAUCCUGGACCAGGUCUACAGAGGAGCUCCGUUCACCCAGAGACCAGCAGCCGACAGCCUGGACCUCGAGUGGCGCUCGGGUCAGGCGGGUCACCUGACCCUGUCAGACGAUGACGUCACCGCGGUGGUUCAAGGUCGCUGGAAACGGAUCAACACGCUGCAGCACUACAAGGUCUCGACCAAUCACAGCCCGGCUCCUCCUCUUGUCCUCCUCCUGUUCUCCUCCUGUUGUGUGUGUGUGUGUGUGUGUGUGUCUGUCUGCAGGUAUUACAGUGAUAUCCACAGCUCUGCGUCAGGCUGUUAUCAGGAGAUGAACUCCACCCUGAAUGAACUGUCCGGGAGUUUCGCCUCAGAGAUGAACAGCAUGGUGGCUCUACACGAACUCUACAAAUACAUCAACAAGUACUAUGACCAGAUCAUCAUGUCUCUGGAGGAGGACAGUGCGGGUCAGAAGAUGCAGCUGGCCUAUCGGUUGCAGCAGGUCGUCGCCCUGGUGGAGAACAAGGUCACCGACCUCUGAUGACCUCUGAUGACCUCUGACCCCGAGCACACCGGGACGACCUUCCUGCUGCACAUCUGCAGAACUCUGGAAAUCAUUGAACUGUUGUUAACAUUGUCUUCCUGCUGUGUGUGUGUGUGUGUGUGUGUGUGUGUGUGUGUGUGCGUGUGUGUGCGUGUGCGUGUGUGUGUGUGUGCGUG